GAGGUUCCUGAGCUGGCCCAGGCCGAGUCAGUGUCAGUCAGGGAGGCGGACUGCUGAGCAGUGGGUGCGAACACUGCGUUGCAGUCUCGCUGAGGGGCCGGUGCCUGCGCUCGCGCCGCAGGGUGGGAAGGAUGAAGCCGCAGCUGGAGCAGCCACCCUAUGAUUGGCUGGGGCACUUGUGAACCCGAAGUAAAGAUGGCGGGCGGGCAGGCAGCCGCCGCACUGCCCACUUGGAAGAUGGCGGCGCGCCGCAGCCUCAGCGCUCGCGGCCGGGGGGUCCUGCAGGCGGCGGCUGGACGGCUGUUGCCGCUGCUUCUGCUGAGCUGCUGCUGCGGCGCGGGCGGCUGCGCAGCGGCGGGCGAGAACGAGGAGACUGUGAUCAUCGGGUUGCGGCUGGAGGACACGAACGACGUGUCGUUCAUGGAAGGGGGGGCGCUGCGGGUGAGCGAGCGGACCCGGGUCAAGCUGCGGGUGUACGGGCAGAACAUCAACAACGAGACAUGGUCCCGCAUUGCUUUCACAGAGCAUGAGCGGCGGCGCCACAGCCCGGGCGAGCGCGGGCUGGGGGGCCCUGCACCGCCGGAGCCGGACAGCGGCCCCCAGCGCUGCGGCAUCCGCACAUCAGAUAUCAUCAUCUUGCCCCAUAUCAUUCUCAAUCGCCGUACAUCAGGCAUCAUUGAGAUCGAGAUCAAACCGCUGCGCAAGAUGGAGAAGAGCAAGUCCUAUUACCUGUGCACGUCGCUCUCCACGCCAGCCCUGGGCGCCGGCGGCCCGGGGUCUGCGGGUGGCGCCGUCGGGGGCAAGGGCGGCUCCGGCGUGGCCGGGCUCCCGCCGCCCCCGUGGGCCGAGACCACCUGGAUUUAUCAUGACGGCGAGGACACCAAGAUGAUCGUGGGGGAGGAGAAGAAGUUCCUGCUGCCUUUCUGGCUGCAGGUGAUCUUCAUUUCGCUGCUUCUGUGCCUAUCGGGCAUGUUCAGCGGCCUCAACCUGGGACUCAUGGCCCUGGACCCGAUGGAGCUGCGCAUCGUGCAGAACUGCGGCACGGAGAAGGAGAAGAAUUACGCCAAGCGCAUCGAGCCCGUGCGCAGGCAGGGCAACUACCUGCUGUGCUCGCUGCUGCUGGGCAACGUGCUGGUCAACACCACGCUCACCAUCCUACUCGACGACAUAGCUGGCUCAGGCCUCGUGGCGGUGGUGGUCUCCACCAUCGGCAUCGUCAUCUUCGGGGAGAUCGUGCCCCAGGCCAUCUGCUCCCGGCACGGCCUGGCUGUGGGGGCCAACACCAUCUUCCUCACCAAGUUUUUCAUGAUGAUGACCUUCCCCGCCUCUUACCCCGUAAGCAAGCUGCUGGACUGCGUCCUGGGCCAGGAGAUAGGCACCGUCUAUAACCGGGAAAAACUGCUGGAGAUGCUCCGGGUCACAGACCCCUACAACGACCUCGUAAAGGAGGAGCUGAACAUCAUACAAGGGGCUCUGGAGCUCCGCACCAAGACCGUGGAGGACGUGAUGACUCCCCUCCGGGACUGUUUCAUGAUCACCGGUGAAGCCAUUCUGGACUUCAACACCAUGUCGGAGAUCAUGGAGAGCGGCUACACUCGGAUUCCAGUAUUUGAGGGGGAGCGCUCCAACAUCGUGGACCUCCUCUUUGUCAAAGACUUGGCCUUCGUGGAUCCAGAUGACUGUACUCCCCUGAAAACCAUCACUAAAUUUUAUAAUCACCCUUUGCACUUUGUUUUCAAUGACACCAAGUUGGACGCUAUGCUGGAAGAAUUUAAGAAAGGUAAAUCUCACCUGGCUAUUGUGCAGCGAGUAAACAAUGAGGGAGAAGGGGAUCCAUUUUAUGAAGUUCUGGGAAUUGUCACAUUAGAGGAUGUGAUUGAAGAAAUCAUCAAAUCUGAGAUUCUAGAUGAAACAGAUUUAUACACUGAUAACAGAACGAAAAAGAAAGUGGCCCAUCGAGAAAGAAAGCAAGAUUUUUCUGCCUUUAAGCAGACAGACAGCGAGAUGAAGGUUAAAAUAUCACCACAGCUUCUCCUGGCCAUGCACCGUUUCCUAGCAACAGAAGUAGAAGCAUUUAGCCCAUCCCAGAUGUCAGAGAAGAUCCUUCUAAGGCUGCUAAAGCACCCCAAUGUCAUCCAGGAACUGAAGUAUGACGAGAAGAACAAGAAAGCCCCAGAAUACUACCUCUACCAGCGAAACAAACCUGUAGACUACUUCGUUCUCAUUUUGCAGGGGAAAGUGGAAGUAGAAGCUGGGAAAGAAGGUAUGAAGUUUGAAGCCAGUGCUUUUUCAUACUAUGGUGUAAUGGCCCUUACAGCCUCCCCAGUUCCUUUGUCCCUGUCUCGUACCUUUGUUGUCAGCAGAACAGAGUUGUUAGCAGCAGGUUCUCCAGGUGAAAACAAGUCACCUCCCCGCCCAUGCGGCUUGAAUCACUCCGACUCUCUCAGUCGCAGUGACCGGAUCGAUGCGAUAACGCCGACGUUGGGGAGCAGCAACAAUCAGCUCAGCUCUUCAUUCCUCCAAGUCUACAUCCCUGACUACUCGGUGCGAGCCCUCUCUGAUCUCCAGUUUGUUAAGAUCUCAAGACAGCAAUACCAAAAUGCCUUGAUGGCAUCCCGGAUGGACAAAACUCCUCAGUCUUCAGACAGUGAAAACACUAAAAUUGAAUUGACUCUGACGGAGCUGCAUGACGGGUUGCCAGACGAGACGGCCAACCUGCUCAAUGAACAGAACUGUGUGGCGCACAGCAAGGCCAACCACAGCCUGCACAGCGAAGGCGCCAUCUAGAGCCCCGGCCUCGGCCUCCGCAUCUGACCGUGAAUCCCAUUAGUGUGCGCUUGUGUGCCAUGCUGCAUCCUGCACCGUCCUGAGACCAAAGACUUUGUCCCCUUCCUGGAAGCAGCAGAGGAGGCCGGGGAGGGCAGGAAUGGAAACUGGAGACGUGAUAUCGACAGCCAGGGCGUGGCAUUCGAGAUCAUGGAGAUGAAUUUCUUCCACCCAAAUAGAAUCAUGUUUAUUUUUUCAGCUGUACCUUUUAUCAUUAUCCACUCUCCUCCUCCCUCGAUUUGCAUGAAGUUGGAAAUUGUUGCGAUUUAUUUUUUUCCGAGAGAUCAUGUUUUUAAAAAGUGUCUUUUGCAGAGUUUUAAAUUGUUCUGUCUGAACUCUGCUGUGACCCCACGAUGUAACCUUAGAAGGAUGGACUUGUCCCUCCGGUGGCCUUCCUUGGCCCCCGCCCCAGGGAGGGGCACCCUUCCUCUGUGCCCCAGUGGGUGUCGCUGUCGAACUUCAAGGAUGAAUGACACAGACCUGCCCAGGCUGUUGGCCCUGCAGGGUGGAGCCUGCACUGGGACCCGCAGCCUCUCUGAGCUCAGUGUUGUUUUAAGUUAAUGUUUAACGGUGUCCCUUUCCCCUCAGAAAGGUUUAACAUUUGCUUGGAAUGUGAUUUUGCUCCCACUCUAAGGAAUUUUUAUCACCAAAAUGAAUGUUAAUGGAUUUUAAACCUAUGGUUUAUCUUUGCAAGAGGCGAGGUGGCUUCACCCCAACAUUCCCACAGCCUGGGGCCUCCAGCUCAGCCAGGCCUCUUCCGCCCCAGCUUACAGAGCGCCGUCACCCACCGCCCCGUCCUUGCUCUUGUUAACCCACGAUGCUGCUACACAGAUGCCAAAUGGAAAUCUUCCACAGGGCCCUCGAGUAAACUCGUGGUGUGGAGUCCACGCUCCUGCCCUUCCCGCUGGGAUGUAUGUCAUUGUCAGAAAAGGAGUCAGACCUUCCAGCUGUGCUCUGUGCGCCCUGCCAAGAAGGCACGUCUAGACCCAUGUGUCUAAAGGAGGGAACACUGGAGACUGCCGGCACCUGCCCCCUUCCCCCCUGACCCUGGGCCCGCGGGGCCCAGCACUGGCUGUGUCCCCGCCAGAGGACCUCUGUGUCUCCCGCCUCAGACGUGGCCCACGCCAGAGAGGCUGCCCAUACAGCCAGGGUCAGUUUGGCCCCCAAACAGGGAUUCAGAAACCAAAUGUGUGUUGUGGCCAUUUCAUGUGUGUCUCUGUCUUCUUUUACUAUCAGAUUCAUCACGUGUAGUGAAAUUAACAUCAGGAGGUAUUUCUUGAGUGGAUGAAUUCCUAACUCUCUUAUCUGUGUUUUAAGUGUUAACCCGAGGGAUAUGUGCAUUUUGUCGGCAACAUUCGUACACUGAAAU